AAAUCGCUUGAAAAUAGCGCGUUAGAAUGCAUCGUGAAAAGUCCGUCACUUCGUUGUCGGACUUAGUUUACAUAUUAGAUCUGUUAAAUUACUAGUGAUUAAUUCGAAGAUCCGCCAAUAUGGCAAGCUUACUAGAUCUUUGCGAACAAUAUUUCGGUGCACGUAAUUUCUACGAUGUCUUGAAGAUUCCGAAGACCGCGAACGACAAACAAGUAAAGAAGGCAUAUCAUAAGUUAUCAUUACUCGUACAUCCGGAUCGAGUCGAAGAGAACAUCAAGACUGAAGCAACGGAGAAAUUUAAAGUCCUUGGUAGAAUACACUCCAUUCUCAGUGACAGUGACAAGCGCAAGAUUUAUGAUGAGUCUGGCCAGUAUGAUGAAGAGAGCGAAGAAGUUGUGAUGCGCAACUGGGCAGACUACUGGAGAUCCUUAUUCAAAGAAAUUACUGUGGAAGAUAUCAAUAAUUAUGAGAAAAAUUACAAGGGAUCUGAAACUGAGAUCAAGGACCUCAAAAGGGCAUAUAUGGACAGUAAAGGAGAUAUGGAUUACAUUCUAGAAGCAGUCCCAUUUACUAAUUGCGAAGAGGAGCCAAGAUUGCAUGAUAUAAUCCAGAAUCUCAUAAAGAGUGGUGAGGUGCCAGAAUACAAAACUUUCACCAAUGAGAAUGCCAAGAAGAAGCAGCGCAGGAAAAGAAAGUGGGCGAGGGAGGCGGCGGAAGCCGAGCGUCUGGAGCAGAUGCUGAAGAUCGAGAACGAAGAGAACGCAGCUGCGAAUGAUCUCGCAUUGGUGAUCCAGAACCGCAACAAAGCUCGCGCCAGUCAAUCGGACAGUUUCUUCGACUCUCUGAUCGACAAGUACGCCAAGAAGGCUGAGAAGCCGACGACGAAGAAGAAGAAGGCCACUCCCGUUAAGACCACGAGGAACACCAAGAAGAAGGCGUAGAAACCAAGCAAGAGUAACGCUCGCACACAUCCCAUCCUCUGCCCACCUUCUGCAUCCCCGCCGUGUCUUCGAAGAUUUCGUCCGUCGUGGCGUUGUAACCCGCAGCCGACGGACCCGUUAGUUUCUAAACUAUUGACGGUUGUGUUUAGUUUUUCUAAGUUCACUCGCAGCGCGACGAUUUUGUCAAGUGUCAUCGUGUAAAUCACGCGCGCGCGCGCGCGCACACGUGCGUACGCCAGCGCGAAUGUAAACAUAUAAACGGACUAAUUUACAUGUUUCGAUGUCAGUGCGAUGUCAAUUAAUUGCGCGAAACGCGCAUUAAGCCAUCAUGUGGGUUCCGUUUCUCUAUGUGAAUGCACGCGAUGGCCCCGGUAGAGAUACAAAAUUGUACACUUUAUAUAAAACCGGAUGUAUCGUACUGAGAAUCAUGAUACAAUAAUAUCCUUGAAACGAAAACCAUCCCUCUGUGUGUUACCCCCUGGCCCAGCUCUUGGAACACGCGCGACACAGUUCGUCGCGGAGAGGAAUUUUUUGCCAGCGCAGCAAAUUAUUUGCUGUUAUAUAAUGAGAGAAAAAAAAUUUAUUUACAGCAAAAGAUUUGUUAAGAGUAUUAAUUGCUAACUAUAUCAAACAAAUUUUACCGUUGUCGCAACGACGUUUUGCUACAACAGCAAAAUUAUUUUUUCCGCCUGACAAAUCUUUUUGUUGUCACUAUAGUAACAAAUAGUUUGCUGUGCCGGCGAAAACUUUUCCUCCGUGCAGGCUUCCCUUGGAUGUUUCUCGAUGAGAGACGCGUCCAAGAAGUAAGGACCGAUCGUGUUGAGGUCGACAUCUACGUUUCCUGCCAAGGUCGAUCAUCUCUUCACAUUAAAGAGAGCGUGAUCGUAAUUUUUUUAAUACGAGAAUAUUUUACCCCGAUUUGCUUCGGAUUGCAGCCGAAGAGUGUAAAAGCAAAAAAAAAUCAUGCUAAUUGCGAAAUAUAAUUUCGAUGAUGUGAUUAUCAAUAAGUUCGAUGGGGAUCUGUAAGAUUGAAUUCGCAUCGAGCGAUUUCCGUCCGUUUUUCUCACCUCGAGCAAUUUUCGAGCGAUUCGCGUUUGAGUAUUGACGAAAGCACAAAAGACAUUAUGCAAAACUGAGAGGGGCUGAAGUUAAGCAAUUUUUUUUCUUUGUCCUCUUAUGUUUUUUUUUUUUCUUUCGAAGAAGAUAUCCAAAAGACGAUUCUGCGAUACGACGAGUGCCUUGGUUUGCACGAUAACUAUUCGGAAAAGUAAUUUAAGAUGUGUAUAACGGCAUGUUGCAAUACAAAUGUUUAGAAAAAUCCUUCAGAGCUUUCGACUACUUGAUUAUACUUGAUUUUUGGACGCGCCUCAUUUUUCUAACAUGUUCGUUAUUUCGGCGUCAUACAUGCGAGACGCGUUCUUAUGACUAGCCGACUUGCACGGCAUAUGUGCGAUAAUCGAUAUUUUCGACACAUUUUCUUUAUGUAUAGUAACAAGAAAACAAAUACACAUAUUGCGCGAGAUCAUUUUGGGUAUAGCGUGAAAGAGAGAGAGAGAGAGAGAGAGAGAGAAAAAAUAAAUUUGAAAAAUUUAGCAUGUAGCGAAUGUUAAGGUUGAUCCUUCUUCCAGUUUGCUCGAGGAAAAGGAAUGAAAACGGGCCGAGGUAAGUUACUUCGACGUUAACGUUGGAUUUAUUGACGUAAAUUAAACUGUGAAAACUGGCACGAGUACUAUAAAUAUUUAAUUGAAUCAUCACCUUCGCACACACCCUCCCGGGGUGAUAUAUCACCCAUGACCUUUGGAAUGCUAAGGCUAUAUUAUCUGUGAAUGUAAGAAUGUAAUUCACAUAUACUGGCGAAAUCGCGUUUUCUUCGAGCUAUCGACAGUGAACAACUAUAUCUUUAUACGACUCCUCGAUAAUAUAGUCUAUUCGAUAACAUAAAAUUGAUAAAACACG